GAGGCAGCCAAUGGGCUGCUGGCUAAGAAGGAGGAAGUGAAACUGGGCGCUGGAGGUCCCGCUGGCUCUUUCCCAGCCAGAGCAAAGCCCAAGGCGAAGGAAGAGAGGAGAGAAUGGGGGUGACCCAGUCUUUGGGGCUGCCCCGGGGCCAAGGCGCCUUCCCCGUCGGAUGCACGGACGUCAUGGUGGGACAGAGCCCCAAGGGCCUCUUCUUCCGUUUGUUCUACCCCUGCAUCCCUCAAGAUGGCGCCGAGGAGCCUGCCUGGAUCCCCCGCUAUGAGUACUAUUAUGGGCUGGCCGACUACAUGAACAUGAAUAGGAAAUGGUUUGCCCCGUUGCUCAGCGUGACAUUUGGGUCAUGCAAAAUCCCGGUGAACUGGAAUGCUCCUUUUCGAUCGAGUAGCCACAAAUAUCCACUGAUCAUAUUCUCUCAUGGCUUAGGAGCAAUUCGAACGGUGUAUUCUGCCAUCUGCAUCGAAAUGGCUUCCCGUGGGUUUUUGGUGAUGGCGCUGGAACACAGGGAUCGCUCUGCUUCAGCCACAUACUUUUGCAAACUGGAUCCUGAAUCGCCCGACCUCCCUGGGUCUCAGGUGAAUGAAGAAUGGCUCUCCUAUCGAGGGGUUCCGAAGGACCAGAAGGAAUUUCACUUCCGAAACCCGCAGCUCCAUCAGAGAGCAAACGAAUGCAUCCGGGGACUCAAGCUCUUCCGGAGCAUUGAUGGCGGCAAGACUCCUGUCAACAUUUUGCACACCGACUUUGAUCUGUCUGCGCUGAAGGACAACAUUGAUCUGACCAAGGUUGCUGUCAUGGGCCACUCAUUUGGAGGAGCAACGUCUGUCCUCGCCCUGGUCAAAGAAGCGCAGUUCAAGUGUGCUGUUGCUCUCGACGCCUGGAUGUUCCCCUUGGAGAACUCCCUGUAUCCCAAAGUGACCAAACCGGUCCUCUUUGUCAACACAGAAUCCUUCCAGACUCCUGAAAGUGUGACCAAAAUGAAGAAGAUCAGUGCCACGAGCAACGAGAGCAAGAUUAUAACAAUACUGGGCAGCGUCCACCAGAGUCAGACCGACUUCACUUUCCUGGCAGGGAAUCUGGUGAACAGGCUCUUCCAAACAAGAGGCACCAUUGAUCCUUAUGAAGGCCUCCGAAUUACCAACCAAGCCGCUCUUGCUUUCUUGCAGAAACAUCUCCAGCUGAAAGAAGAUUUUGACCAGUGGGAUCCUCUUCUAGAAGGAAUCGGUGACUGCAUUGUUCCAGAUAGUCCUCUGCAAAAGUCCAGCCUCUAGACACAAAAAUACUCUUCCUGCCAGUGCUUUUGGACAACUGUGUUCCCCCAAGAUGACCAUCUUGUACUUAUAUAAUCACUGUCCAGGCUCAGUACUGGCUCACACUUCCAGGGAGAUUUUUUGCUGAGAUGCUUCCCUAAACAGAGUCAUCUUUCCACCAGUUAUUAUGAUCUGCUGUGUAUGCUUCUCUGAGAUUAUUUAGGGGAAUUGCAAUAAGGAUUGUGGUCUUGGUGGUGUCAGGGGAGUGGACGGUCCUCAAGCAAUUUUGCACAAGAUCCCACCAAAAUGGAAAGGGCCAGAAGUCUGUUGUGGUAGCCUUUGGCUUCUUUGCCUUCCCGCCUCUGGAAUCACGGCCCCUUUUUGAAUUAUUGGUGUUACACAAGUUGAAGACGUCAUAAUUUUGUCUUCUUGCCAAUUUUUAAAAUGUCUACUCUGUUGUACAUUCCAUGCACGAGGCUCAAGACACUGCAUAGAGGCAACAAUCUAUUGACCUCUUCACUAGAAAGGAAUUGAGAGAUGUAUAUAUAGGAAAAAAGACCCCAAGCAUUCCUAUAAAUACAUUCCAGAAUGGGUUUAAAAUAUCUCAGUAUCACCUUAGAUUGAACACUAGCAUAUAGGAAGCACUGCUUGAACACCAAGCACAAAGUAGCUGCACAGAAUAACUGGUUGACACACCUCCAUCCCCAGAGGAGGACCCUUGAUGGCAAACACCUCUGUUUUUUCUGAAUUGAAGUCCAUAUCUGGAGGGCUGAAUUGGGUCAAUUCCUGGACAAGACCCCCCCCCCCCCCCGGCCUUCAUUUGCCUUCACAACCACCACUCACAAAGAGCUUUAUAUGUGCUGGUGACCUUGGCCUAACAACACAAGCAAAAGACUUUGAAACAGUUGAAAUCCAACUUACUGUUGCCUUGAAAGAUCUCUCCAGCUACUGCAAAGAUAACCAGCUGAAGCCUAACCCUGCCAAGACACAAGUGUGUGCUUUCCAGCUACGCAACCGUGAAGCCAACAGGAAAUUGAAAGUCACCUGGGAAGGUCAAGAGCUUGAACAUUGUUUCCAUCCUAAAUAUCUCGGUGUCACCUUAGAUCAAAUACUAGCAUAUAGGAAACACUGCUUGAACACCAAGCACAAAGUAGCUGCACAGAAUAACAUCCUGCGGAAACUUACUGGCAGUACAUGGGGUGCAGAUCCAAAAUUUGUAAGAACAUCGACCCUGGCCUUGUCUUACUCAACUGCCGAGUAUGUCUGCCAUGUUUGGCAUAGGUCUGCCCAUGCAAAGCAGGUGAACAUAGCAUUGAAUGAAAAAUGCAGAAUAAUCACAGGAUGUCUUAAACCUACACUUGUUGAUAAACUCUACAAGCUAGUUGGCAUUGCCCCCCCCCCCCCAUGUGCAACGGGAAGUUACUGCUAAAUGUGAGAGAAAUAAGGUUGAACACUGUGAAAGCCACCCACUACAUGGCUACCAGCCUCCUCCCAGUAGACUCAAAUCAAGGAAAAGCUUUAUGAGAACUACCACUCCCACUCAGCAAUAGCAAGGGUAUCCCUCUGGGCAGCUAAAUCAGGAAACCCCAGUUGGAUGGCCCCCAUGAGGGGCAAACCAAGAAUGGACAACUUGGAAGUCUCUGAACAGACUCAGAAGUGGAGUGGGCAGUUCAAAAGACAACCUGGCAAAAUGGCACUACUUAAAAGAAUCCCACACCUUGUGCGACUGUGGAGCAGAACAGACAACUCCGCAUCUGUAUGCUUAUCCACUAUGUCCUGCCUCAUGUACAGAGGAAGUAUUGUUGGAGGCUACAGACAAUGCCCGUUUUUGGUCAAAAGAUAUUUAGCCGCCUGCGUUCCUUCUAUUUUUAUCAGCUUUAUACUAAUUUAUGCAAUUCUUUUGAUACAAAAUAAAUAAAAUAUCCUCAAAUGGGUGGAAAGCUAUGCAAAACAUUCCCACUAGUGAGACAGGGGAAAAAUGUAAAACCUAUUGUGCAAAUGGAUACAAGUCAUGGAGAUUUUUGACAAGCCAAAAAGUUAGGUUUAAACGGAGAGAGAGGUGAAGUGAUUGCAGGGGAAAGCAGAUUAAAUUUCCCACUGAAUGUUGCGUCUUUGCCAGUGUUUCAUGUGAAAGGGCCCCAAAUGGUCACUGUUCUAUAAAAAAAUUCCCUGCCUUUGCAUUUUUCAACCACUUUUAUAACUUGGUUCGAGAUGUUCUGGUCUUCUUUCAUUCUCCUUCGUCCCAUGACCUCCAGAUGUUUGUGGACAUGCACACAACCACAUAGUGUAAUCUCCUGCGAUGGCUUGCACAAAAUUUCAGAUUUGAUCGGAACUUGUAUCUGUUUUGUUAAAUUUGAACAUAUGAAGGUGAGUUUCAAGGCAUGCAAAAAGGUGAGGGAAGAAUUUAGAAUUUAAAUCACCAUUUUUUCAUAAAUAUUCUGUAACAUUUAGUUGUCUCCCAACUAAAUGUUUAAUUUUCACUAUAACCAUUAAGCAACGUUGAUAAAGCUGCUUUUAAAAUCUUUAACCCCAUCUCCGCCAGCGCUGCCAUAAGGGAGGUGCUGUGAGCAUGGCUAAUCACAGCCAUCUUAACUGUAUUUGGGAAGACCAUGCCCCCAAUGGUAGAGAUUGCAAAAGGCCCUGCCAUAAACUACAUUACCCAGUAUGCCUCAGGAGGAGAAUGCACCAAUCAGGAGAGAAGAGAGAAAAUUAUCCCUUCCCCUUAGGUAGUUUUUCAGAAAACUUUUUAAAGAAUUCCUUAAAUCAGUAGAUAUAUUCAUAUUUCUGAAAAUUGUGGGGGGGGGGGUGAUCCCCUGUUAUCUUGUGUCAUUGGAUAGAAACAUCAAGGAGAUCGGUCUUGUAGUUUUUAUAAAUCUGUUUUUAAAAACUUUUAAAAAUCACAAAAAAACCCAUGAAUAAGUCAAACAUUCUGAAAUUUGAUGGGCUUAACAGUGGUAAAUGUGUUCUACCACUGUAGCAAGUUUCACAGGGAUAUCUCAAACAAUGAGAGAAAGAAAAGCCCCUGAAUUUGCCCACAGCCAGUGAUGUUUUCUCUGUUGCACUUUUGCAAGUGCCAUUAACAAAGUGCUUAUUAAGUUUCGUAAAGUUUUGAAAUGUUUACCCCAAAAAUUCAGAAAGGACUUGAGAAACGAAAUGCCAGCGCCCCCUACUUUUGAACACACUUUAGAGUCUUUUUUUUUUUUGGAUCGCACAUGCCUACUACCUCUUGUAUAUCCAGCAUAGACCAAAUGUGCCUUUGGGAUAUUAUUAAUGGCAAAGAGGGCAUGGGGAGCAACUGCAACUUGAACUGCACUUACCUGAGCCUCAGAGGAAGGCAAGACAAAGCUCUGAAUGAACCUUGCCAAGGAAAUUCUAGAAUAGGAUUGCUACUAAGUUGGAGCAAUUUGAAAGCACUUAACAGAAACCCUCUCUGGGGGGUUCAAAUGCACCUUAGUAUUGUGCCUUGUGAGCUCAUCACUCUCCUCCAUCCUGGAUGAAUGAACAUAGGUUGCAGUUGCGCAGCUUUUUGGAAAAAAGUGCUCUUUACCACAUAGUUUGUGGUCGAAAUAAAUGGAUGCACAAUACAGAAGAAAUGUCUUGCCAUUACCCCUGAAAGCAUUCAGAGAGUUGAAUGGAAAGACCUGGUUUGGUCUCCAGCCUAGUACCAGGGAAGCAGGCUCUUGGAGAACACAACUCCCAGUAUCCACAGGCAGCAGGCUGACUGGGAAUACUGGAAUAUCUCAUACCCCAAAGCCACCUGAACUUGGGAGUAAUGCUCACGCUUUUAGUGCAUGAAAUAACAACCACAUUCCUUCUCCAAGCAUUUUGAUAGCCAUAUUCCUACUUGCGUGGGUGGAAGAGGGAUGGGUAGCAUAUUUGUACAGGUCUCGUCAGGCUGUACUUUGCUGCCACUUGAGCCCUUUUUCCAUCUCAGUCAAGUGCACAACCCUCAACAAACAUGUGAAUAUCUCUCAAAUGCUGCUGUUGUGAUGAUUUGUGUCCCUCAAAAUGAAUGCUUGUGUUGAUUUUUUUAAUGAAUAAGAGUGCUAUUUUCAUUAGAAAUUGCUGUUUUGUGUAACACGAUUAUACUAUACUUUUG